AUUACUUUUUUUCAUUAUUACAUUGUACACUUCUUGUGUUUUGUGCUCUGGGAGGAAUUUUCAUUAGAAGAUUUCUUCAAAUUUAUUUCGUAUUAUAACUUUUUGAGUAACUUAUAUUUAAACACUUUCCAACAACAUGGGUAAGUUAAAAAAUUAUCAUUAUUAUAGUAUGUAUGUUUCCAAAUUUAAGAAGAAACAAUUUGCCGACCAUGUGGUUGUUCAUAUUACCACUAGGUAUAUUCAACGUGGAUUACUGUUUUUACUUUGAACGAUAAUCUACAAACCUAUUCGUAUCAUUUAAACAAAUAAGAACUUAUGAAUUUAAUUUAAGUAUCGCCUUGUUUUUCCAAUAGGUUUUAUAGUAUUACUAUUGGUUUAAUUAAAUUUUAGUAGGUACAACUGAAUUAUUAUUUUCUUUAUAGGUAAACCUCGUGGUAUUCGUACGGCACGUAAACAUGUUAAUCAUCGGAGAGUCCAAAAGUGGGCAGACAAAGAUUACAAAAAAGCCCAUUUGGGAACAAGAUGGAAGGCCAAUCCCUUCGGAGGUGCUUCCCAUGCAAAAGGAAUUGUUUUAGAAAAAGUGUAAGUACAUAUUCUUUUGCAAGAAACUCAUUUAUGAUUCUGUAAUGUUAAUCUAAUUGAUUUAUUAUAGUGGAGUUGAAGCAAAACAACCUAAUUCUGCCAUCCGUAAAUGUGUCCGUGUACAACUUAUUAAGAAUGGAAAGAAAAUCACAGCAUUCGUACCUAGAGAUGGUUGCUUAAAUUAUAUUGAAGAAAACGAUGAAGUAUUAGUUGCCGGAUUUGGUAGAAAAGGUCACGCUGUUGGAGAUAUUCCUGGUAAAAUAAUUUAUUUUUAAUUUUGUUGUGCACAUUAUUAUCAAAAUUCCUAAAUUUUAAAUUAAUCUUCAGUUCAAAAGAAAUUAAAUCAACCAAUAUAGCCUCCUUUUAAAUAAUGAUUUAUUCAAAGUAAAAGCCAAGUGUUUUAAAUCAAAAAAAAAAAAUACUACUUAUCACUAUUGUAAACGAAACCCAAUAAAACAAAUUAAUAUGUAACAUACUUAUGAAUGAACAACUUGUUUUAACAACAAUCUUAUCUUAAAUUAAAUAUUGGUCAGGCAUCUAAAUUUAGUAUUUAACGAUAUUUAACCAUUUCAGUUAUGGUAGGUCUUAGAUUAUUCAUUACCUUAUUGAUGUCAUAAUUUGCCAUCAAAUAAUGAUAAAGACUUAAAGCUAUGGUUAUUAAUAUUUAACCUGUAUACAAUCUUUAAAAUAUAUAUUAAUGAUAACAGAUAUAUUUUAAAUAAAUAUUGAAAGUUAAUUGAAGUUUAAUAAUUAUUUGUAAUUUUAUGUAUCAGUUGAUCUAUUCUGUAUAAUCUGAAUAAAAUACUAACAAAAGUUCAACAUUUUGACCAGUCAUUGUUUUUUUUUUCAAUUUUAAUGUUUUGAAAGUAUUUAUAAAAUGGGGUGAUAUAAUGUGAUAAUAAUAAUAAUUUAAGUGAGUGUUGAAAAAAUAUUAAUUUUGAGUUUAAAAUUGAUUUUUUUUUUUUUUACAGGGGUUCGUUUCAAGGUUGUCAAAGUAGCAAAUGUUUCUUUACUUGCUUUGUACAAAGAAAAGAAGGAAAGGCCUAGGUCUUAGAAACAACUAUGUGGAUUCUUUUUAUAUUACAAAUAAAAUGAUAAAGUGAAUUGAAAUAAUUUUUAUUUAUUUAUUAUAAUUCAAUAUUUUAAGAAAACAACCACAAUAAAAGUAGUCAAUUUCAAAUAAGGAUGUAAAUUAUUCAACGGAAAUGAUAUAUUGUUAAUGGAAAAAAUAAAAAGUACCAUUUUCUUCAUGAAUUAGAAUAGAAAACUCUUUUUAUGGUAUCUUGUUUUGUAGUUGAAUUUGUAUGUAUUUCAAGCCAUUAGGUAUCCAUGACAAAGUGGUUGACUUAUUAGCUAUAUCAUCCUAAUCUAUUUGUACCUAUCCCUAACAAUUUUUUUUUGGACCUACUUGUCUAAUGCUUAGAAGUUUUCAUUAUGUAUAACCUAUCCUAAAUCCCUGUACACUUGUACUCUAAUACCUGUGUAUGACCCUUAGAACCCACGUGGAUUGUUUUGUAAUUGAAUCAAUGGACUAAUUUGCCACCUAGUUUAGGACUACUUUUCAAGGUGUUCUAUUGAUUUUGUUUUUUUUCGUUCUACUAACUUGUAACCAUUAUUUCCUUGCUUUUACUUUCACUUUUAAAUCAAAAUAACUAAAAAUACAACAUUUGAUAAAACAAAUGGUUAUAUUUUGAUAAAUUAACGAUAUAAAUUUUAAAAAAGAAAUAUACUGGAAGUCUAUUGAAAAAUGUAUUAUAUUACAAAGCAGUAAGUACAUUAUUAAUAAAUGAACUUUGAAGUGAUUUUCACAUGAAAAUUGAGACUAUU